ACGUAUGGGACCUAGUGAGCUCACAGAAGCCUCGAGAGUGCCUGGCUGGGAGGGGCGGGGCUCUUGCUGAGGUCGCCUCUUGGGGGCAGUGGCUCCCAUCACAGCCUGGGCAAGCUGUGGAAGCCAUGAGGUCCACCAACCAGCAGGGAUGGGAGGAAUUCGUCCGGGUGUGGGCCUUUCCUUGAGGACUGCCCUGUGAGAUUCUGGCUGGAGACAGGAGGCUGCACCCCCACAAAGGCGCUGUGAUUUAGACAGCAAUGGUGAGACGCCACUGAAGUGCCGGCAAGGAUGGGGCUGGUGAGCAGCAAGAAGCAGGCAAAGGAGAAGGGCAAGAGCCACUGGAGCUCCGUGACGGUCAGCACUCAGAGCAAGGCACCCCCGCCGCUGCCACCCCUGGUCGCCCCGAACCACCUGGACCCCCCACCUCCCAGUGAACUCCCGGACCAAGAGGCACAUUUUGUGGUGGCCCUGUAUGACUACGCCGCUGCCAAUGACCAGGAUCUGCAGAUGGUGAAGGGGGAAAAGCUGCAGGUCUUGAAGGAAACUGGAGACUGGUGGUUGGCCAAGUCGCUCGUCACAGGAAGAGAAGGCUAUGUGCCCAGCAACUUCGUGGCCGGAGUAGAGACCUUGGAGGUGGAAAAGUGGUUUUUUAAGUCAAUCAGCCGGAAAGAGGCAGAGAGGCAGCUGCUUGCUCCAGUCAACAAGGUGGGCGCCUUCCUCAUCAGAGAGAGCGAGACCAGUAAAGGUGCCUUCUCUCUGUCGGUGAAGGAUGCUGGCCCCCAGGGGGAAGUGAUCAAGCACUAUAAGAUCCGCUCCCUUGACGAAGGGGGAUACUACAUCUCGCCCCGUGCCACCUUCCCCUCCCUGCAGGCCCUGGUGGAGCACUAUUCUGAGAAGGGCGAUGGGCUAUGCCAGAGGCUGACCCUGCCCUGUGUGCGUGUGGCUCCUCAGAGUCCCUGGGCGCAGGACGAGUGGGAGAUCCCCCGGCAGUCUCUCAAGCUGGUCCGGAAGCUUGGGGCUGGGCAAUUCGGCGAAGUCUGGAUGGGUUACUACAAGAACAGCGUGAAGGUGGCCAUCAAGACCUUGAAGGAAGGAACUAUGUCUCCAGAAGCCUUCCUGGGUGAGGCCAACCUCAUGAAGACCCUACAGCAUGAGAGGCUGGUCCGGCUCUAUGCCGUGGUCACCAAGGAGCCCAUCUACAUCGUCACCGAGUACAUGGCCCGAGGCUGCUUGCUGGAUUUCUUGAAGACAGAUGAAGGUAGCAAAUUAUCCCUCCCGCGGCUGAUCGACAUGUCGGCCCAGAUUGCUGAAGGCAUGGCAUACAUAGAGCACAUGAACUCUAUCCACCGCGACCUGAGGGCAGCCAACAUCCUGGUGUCAGAGGCGCUGAGCUGCAAAAUUGCUGACUUCGGCCUAGCCCGCAUCAUCGACAGCGAGUAUACCGCCCAGGAGGGAGCCAAGUUCCCCAUCAAGUGGACAGCGCCGGAAGCCAUCCACUUCGGGGUGUUCACCAUCAAAGCCGACGUGUGGUCCUUUGGAAUCCUCUUGAUGGAGAUUGUCACCUACGGACGCGUGCCCUACCCAGGCAUGAGCAACCCCGAGGUCAUCCGCAGCCUGGAGCGCGGCUACCGCAUGCCGCGCCCGGACUCCUGUCCGCCAGAGCUGUACCGUGAUGUCAUCACCGAGUGCUGGCGGAGCCGGCCAGAGGAGCGGCCCACCUUCGAGUUCCUGCAGUCGGUGCUGGAGGAUUUCUAUACCGCCACCGAGCGCCAGUACGAACUGCAGCCCUGAGACCCUCCAGCUCACCUGCGCCAACCUCAGAGGCCGCGGGAUGGGCCACACCUGCGGAUCCACGUGAAGCCUCCACGAGGUCCCCCGCUCACCUCCCGGCUCGUCUUCAGGCCCCAGAUGAACCAAAUGGGAUGGGGGAGGCAGGGAAGUGCCCUGCGUGCCCUGUGUCAGAUAAGCAAAGCCGAGGUGGAGGCGGGUCCCGUGCCCCACCGUCCCCAGCCGCACUGGCCUGGUGUCCGUGCACCCUGGCUCAUUAGUAAAACCGGACAGACCCGAGGGCGCAUCCCCGCCGCGCGUUCGCGCUGAGGCCGACCCCGGCACGCCGUGCGAGGUGGGCAGGGCCUGGCCUGGCGCAGGUGUCUCCUCUGGCCCGGAGUCGCGCCUUGUCGUUGCGGGACCCUGACCCAGACCGCACCCCGCACUUUGGGAUUUUUCUGUGAUAAAGUCUCGAGAGUCUGACCCCACAGCGUCUUCACUUGGCGGCGCCCGCUGCCCCGGGAGCGUGGGGAGCCCCAUGUAGCUUUUUAGCCCGGCAGGGGGCGAGCUCACCCCACAAAUCCCUGGUCCGUGGGCACCUGCCUGGGUAGACGUCCUGGGUCCUACAGGGCUGAGGACUGAAAAAACGCCUGUGUGUGCUUGGGAGGCGGGCGGGGCAGGGUCUGGGGGUAGGAUUGAUUGCCCAGAGGGGCCUUGGAUCGUUUUUGGGGGAGAGGGGACCUCGGGAACCCCCCCACUCACCCCACAUACCAAGAAGGUCUCCCACUUGUCAUGUUUAAACUGUUGUAUAUAACACACCUGAUUUGUGUAGUCAGGUUGACAGAAAAAUAAGCGGAGUGAUGUCCCCAUAAGCCCAUGCCCCAUUUACAGAAAGGUAAGCUGAGGCAGAAACCUCACUGUCAUCUCGGUGGUAAGUCGCUGUAUGGGGAUGGGGUGUGGUUUAACCCACCUAUCCACAGGGACCUGGCCUGCAGCUUCAUGCGGUCUCCCCUGGGGAAGAGGUCCCCUCAAGGGUCAUAGUC